GGCAAAACCCCGCGACCCAAACAACACCGCGGCUUAUCUCCAACAGCAGCUGCCGCACGCGGCGCGCCACUGACACACCAUGGCGACGCUUCUCCUCCCCUCCCACGCGGCCAGCCACCGCCGCGUCAUCUUCUCCGGCGGCCUGAAUCAGCCCCCUCCGGACCUUCUCGGGAGCACCCUGCGCGCAGAGAGCAGGAGGCAGCGCCACAGGCCGAUCGCGGUCGAGUGCCGGGCAACGACCAGAGCCAAGGAGCCCGCGGCCACGAGCGCGGGCGCCGCCGCCCCGCAGGCGCUGGCCAAGGAGGCGCACAAGUACUUCGACCACGCCGUCGUCAGCGUGCGCGCGGGCGACGGCGGCCACGGUGCCGUCCUCAACAUGCCGCUGGGCCCCUCCACGGACGCGCCCAAAUCCCGCGGCGGCGGCGGUAGGGUCGACAAGAGCAAGAGCAAGAGGGGUAGCGGCGGCGGGAAGAAGGUAGCGUACAAGAGGAACUACGACGGGUCGGUGUCGCUCCCCGUGGGUGGGCACGGAGGCGACGUGGUGCUGUACGCCGACGAGGCGGAGGAGACGCUGCUGGGGUUCCACAGGAAAACCCGGUACUGCGCCAAGAGGGGGGGGAACGUCGGGGCCACUGGCACUUUGAGCUCGCGGAUGCACAAUGGCUUCGCGGGGGAGACGCUCAGGGUACCCGUGCCUGUAGGUACCGUUGUGAGACGAAAGAAAGGUCCUGUUCUUGCUGAUUUGGCUCGUCCCGGGGAUGAAGUACUCGUUGCUAGGGGUGGACAGGGUGGGAUCAGCUUGAUAGAUGCGCCUGAGUACAGAAGAGGGAAAGCCAUGGCUUUAUCACCUAAUGUCAUGCGUGAUGUUACUGACAAGGCAUUAACUCAUGGCCAGCCUGGCGAGGAAAUAAACUUGGAGUUAAUCUUGAGAGUGGUUGCAGAUGUUGGUCUUGUGGGUCUUCCAAAUGCGGGAAAAUCAACACUUCUAUCAGCUAUAACACUUGCACGCCCAGACAUCGCUGAUUAUCCAUUCACUACAUUAAUGCCAAAUCUUGGCCGGCUUGGUGGAGAUCCCACUUUAGGGGCGUUGCAGUUUUCGUCUGGAGCAACAUUGGCAGAUUUGCCAGGUCUAAUUGAGGGUGCUCAUCUGGGCAAGGGUCUUGGUCGGAAUUUUUUGAGACAUUUGAGGAGAACUAGAGUAAUUGUUCAUGUUGUUGAUGCUGCCGCUGAUGACCCUGUGAAUGAUUAUAAGAUUGUCAGAGAGGAAUUACGGAUGUAUAACCCCAAAUACCUGGAGCGACCUUAUGUUGUUGUCCUGAACAAGAUUGAUCUUCCUAAGGCCCAAGAUAGGUCAUCUUCAUUAGCAUUUGAAAUAUCUUCAGUAGGCUGUGAAGAAGUCCAUGACAAACACGCCAGCAAUGAUAAAAUAAAUGAGAACUUAAUAGAAAAUCGUGUCUCAGAAGAUGAUGAUAAGGAACUUGGGGACUAUCCAAGACCUCAAGCUGUAAUUGGUGCAAGUGUGCUAAGGCACAUUGGGAUCGACGAGAUGCUAAAGGAGAUAAGGACGGCCCUGGGGAAAUGCUCUGAUCGCAAUUUACAAGAACCAUGAACCAGAAUCGAGCACGCUGGAGCCCUUAACGUACACCAUAGUGACAUAAUCCAACACCAGGGAAGGAUCAAGAUGGGUCGGUUGGUUCUUCAACAAAGCAAGGCUCCUUGGCACACGCCACACGGUCUUGAACAACAGCAGCUGGCAACAAGGCUCUCCUUGGUUCGCGCAACAGAAAUUCCUCUAUCCCAAUUCCUUGAAGCAGCAAAGAAAAGCUCUGUUAUAUCCAAAUUCCUACGUGCAGUACGGUGUGUUUUCUAUGUGCAUCUAAGAUCAAACCUGGGUGAUGAGGGACGAAGCCAGGAAAUAACGCCGUUGGCGUCACUCUUCUAGCGGGACCGGUGUCUUUGCAUAUUUUUAAGAGUAUAGACUUUUGUCUAUUGUAAGGAAGAUUAGCAGAAAGUUAUUGGCGUCGUUUGGCACCAGUGACUACAGACCGGCUUUGCCCCAUGCGACCAUUUGCACAAAAAUCCAUUUUCCCCAA